AUGGAAUUCGAUCCAAAGACGCCUCAAUACCUCACCUCGGACCGGUCGAGCUUCGCCUCAGUCUCUGCCGAUGAACGAUGGCCCAUCAUUAUUACUGGCGCCAUUGAUGAUCUGGCUCGGACGGUGAAUGCGGUGACCGAUGCCGAGAAGGCUAAGGAAGGAAAGAGCAUUAUUGAGAAGCUGGCGACGUUGAAGUAUGAGUUGCAGCACAACCGGCAAUUGACUCCCCUCGAUGAUGACGGCGAAUCCGAUAUUGCUUCGUAUAACAAGGAGCUCGAGCAGCGGGGAAACCCUAAAUGGCACGAUGUGCCCUGGCUCUACUCCGAGUGCUACCUCUACCGCCGCAUGGAGACCUUCUUCUCUCUAUCAAAGCACUGGAAGGGCUACGACGUCUUUGCCCGCCAGAAGAUGUCCACCUUCAAGUCCUCCCGCCCCGCCGUCCUGGAACUUGCCGCACGAUAUCGCGAACUAGCCCACGAGGCCGAGUCCGGCAAAGGCGUAGACGGAAAGUCCCCCGAACAAGUCGAAGAGGCUGAGAAACUACUCUUCUCAGAGAUGUGCGAGAUCUGCCUAUGGGGAAAUGCCACCGAUCUCCUCCUCCUAACCUCCCUCACAUACGAGGACAUCCAGAAACUGCAAGGCACGCAGGCGCGCCAGGCAUCGCAGAAGAACAUUCUAGUCAAUGACCUCGAAGCCGCCUUCAAUGUCAUGCAAAAGGCCCGUCUUGAAAAGAAAAACGGCGAGCGCCGCGUCGACAUCGUCCUCGAUAACUCCGGUUUCGAGCUCUUCGUCGAUCUUAUUCUGGCUGGGUAUCUGCUUUCAGCAGGUCUGGCGACAAACGUCGUUUUACACCCGAAGCGUCUGCCGUGGUUCGUGUCGGAUGUUACGCCGAGGGAUUUCUCGGACUUGCUCAACUCGAUGGUUGACCCGCAGGCAUUCUAUACCGCGGCCGAUGACUCGGGGAAGACAUACCCGGCGCUCUCGGAGAAGGAAGUUGAGGACGUGCAAUUCCUUUUCCAGCAGUGGAGCGAGUUCCAUCAGGAUGGUAAGUUGAUUGUGCGUCCGCACUCGUUCUGGACUACGCAGGGCUGUUACUGGCGUAUGCCGCAUGUUGCGCCGGAGUUAUUUGAGGAUUUGAAGGAGAGUGAGCUUGUGCUGUUUAAGGGUGACUUGAACUACCGUAAGCUUGUUAACGACGCUCAAUGGGACCCCACAACCCCCUUCACAACCGCCAUCGGCCCCAUGGGUCCCAAGUCCGGAAUCCGUGUCCUAGCCUUCCGCACCUGCAAGGCGGACGUGGUCGUCGGUCUGCCUGCCGGUGAGGACGAGAAGCUCCGCCAGCUUCCUAACGGAGGCGGCAGUGAGUCACGGAAGUGGGCGUGGACUGGGAAAUGGGCCGUCGUGUCGUUCUCCGACGGUAAGAUCUAA